AUGCUUGUCAGCGGGUAUGGCGACACCCGUCCUCGCUUCGUCGUUAUCGUGAGUCAGCGUGAGGUUCCUUUUCCGUGUUUCUGCGGCAAGAUCGAUCGCGUCGACUACCGCUUCGGUAGCUGCGAAUCGAGCCCCGUCCAGUCGAAACCCAACCGAACUGAUUUUCCUUUCCUGUUGCUGUUCCUCUCCCAGGUACCGUCCAGGACCUUGCCGUCUUUCACAUGGCCGAACUGUUCCACCGGUUUAGGCGUAGAUCUUGUUUUUGCCUACCUUUUAUUUGGUCUGUGA